AUGUCUGAUACACCUCAACAAUCGUUGCGAAGGCAUAGGCAAACACUUUUGCCUCCUCAAAAUGGGUUGCAGCAGCUCGCUACCAAAUCUAAAAAUUCCAAUUACGAUGUUCUAUUAGGCCCUAACUCUUCUGAACUUCCUUCAGUCCAACAAAAAGAUAAAGAAAAGCAGGGACAAGUACCUCCUUUACCUUUAGAAAAUAAUGAUAUUCAUACAUUUGAUAAUUUACAACUAGGGGAUAUUCCUCAAGUUCCUCAAGGUAAAUAUGGCCAAUUUUCUACUGGUUUAGGACUUAAAGAGGUUUCUCCAAUACCCGGGUUUAAAUCUCAAAGAAAAGCAUCAAACUCGAGCCAAGCAGUUUCCUCAACCUUAAAUGAGCCUGUACAUAUUAAAUCAUCAGCAACAACUUAUGGAACUCAGAAAUCUUCUUUAGAGGGUUCUGUAUCAGGACAGAUAACAGUUGAAUCUGGCCCUGAUCACUAUCAAGAUUUAAAUUUCUCAGGUGCACAUCAGUUAGACAGUCAAAUAGUGGCGCUUCGAAAUCCGAACUUCAAUCCAAAGUCUUUUAUUUCAGCUCAGCUUGCAAGUGCAACUGAUGUCGAGAUUUCUGAAUUUACAGAAAAACUUAUUCGCUUACAAGAUCAAGUAGCAAUCGAUCGAAAAAAUAUGGUUUACGGAAAUUACAAAACCUUUCUCGCUGUCGGUUCCCAGAUAUCUGUAUUGAGCUCUGAGCUUCAAGUCUUACGUAAGCUUAUAAACGAUGUACAUGUUGCAACUACUGCUAUGAAACAGGAUGCCGAAACUACGAUGGCAUUGAGUAACUCAGAUUCUUUGAACAGAAGUAGCAUCGGAAAUGGAAAGGGAAGUCUCUCUUCAUUGUCAAACGGCUCUACAACUAAUAUUUUAAAUCCCAUGAAUCCUCGUGUUGCGAGCUUAGCUACCACGGCAAAACAAAAUAAUCGGAAUAGUGUAUUAGUUUUAGAAUCAAUGUGGGCACAAGAUCUGAGUGGGCUAUUAAGAACAGUUGAAGGCGCUCAAAAAUAUUUGCCUCCAAUUGCUGGAAGACACGUUGUUGAGGAGAGUAUAGGAUGGGAUCAACUAAAUGCUGCAACAUGGAAACCUUGGCAACCUGUUAAAGUUUAUCUGCUAAAUGACUACCUUUUGAUUGCAGUAAAAAAAAGGACUAGGAAUGGGGACAUGCUUUCGGUUCAGCAAUCUCAAUCUCUUAUUGCUGAUCAGUGUUGGUCACUGUCUGAAAUUCAAAUCAAAGACCUGAGGUUCAUUGAACAAACUCCAAACUCUCCGCCUAGUGGUUUUGCUGUACAAAAAGAUGGAUCUGUUUAUGUUUACAAACACAAUGAUCCUAAUGUUGCAGAACGAUUUCUAAGCUCUUAUAUGAAAAUAGAGAAAGAUUUGCGGAAGGGGAAUAAUAUCAAUAAAACUGGUAACAAUAUGUCAUCUGAAUCACAGAAAUCUAGAAAACGGGAUUCAUUAUACAGUCAAACAGUUACAUCUUCCGACUCUGAUAAAAGGGGCCAUAAAAGAAGUGUAUCAAUGGACAUUGCUGAAAAAACUCGCGUUCUAAGAGACAUUGAUACACUCAUAAACGAUCUUGACGUUAAAAUUGCACACAGAAUGUUUAACGAAGCUGUUACAAUAAUAGAUACUAAUCUACAAGAAAUUGAAAAUAUUCUUGAAGUUUCUUCACCUGCCAUGUCUGCUGCUCAGGCAACAGCUACUGCAUCUCUGGUUGGAGAAAGUAUAAAUGCCAAAAGCUCUUCCCAACGACCAUCAAUAUCAUCUACGUUUCCUGGAAAUCAAACCCCUCCAUCUAUUGAUAUAAAAACAUUGAGAGCCCACAUUUUGAAACUAAAAUUAGAACAGCGUUCGAAAGAAGUCUCUGAAAUUCUUUUGAGUAAUAUUUCUCAAGAUUACUUAAGUUCGGGUGAAACAAAAACUCAGAUAUUGAUGAUUCGUACAACAGCUGAAAUUUACCACAGUUGUUUUCCUUCUAGUGAAGCGUCCAAAGCUGCUUCAAACGAUGGUAGCAAAGAUACUAAGCAACCUGAUCCAGAACUUCUUAAUCAACUAUUCGGAGGAAAAGAUGAAGCACAACUGAUGAAGGAAUCAAUGCAAAAAGUUUUGGACAAAAGUAUUUCAAAAGAUGAUCGGAUGGUUGCGUUUGAUGAUCUUGAAAUGCUUGUUGAAAGUUUAGACAAUGCUAAUAAUCUGGAACCUCUUAAACUUUGGCAAAGUCUUAUUGGUCUUUUAGAUCACCCAGACAAAGAUUUUCAAAAGAUGGCAUGUUGGGUUAUUGGAACUGCAGUUCAGAAUAACCCUAAAUCUCAAAAGAAUUGUUUGGAUUCUCGCCCUUUAGAGGCUCUGCCAAAACUUUUAAGCUUAGCGUCUGGUGACAAUACCAAUGGGAAGGAUGUUGAAGUUGCUGUUAAGGCUAUUUAUGCACUAGCCAGCGAGAUUGGUCACAACGAAGAAGCAUAUGAUGUUUUUUUGUUAGAAGAUGGUUGGAAGGCAGUCACUAAAAUUUUGAUUCAAGCUGAAACGAAUGAAAAAGUUAGAAUACGUGCAUUCAGUCUUCUAAGAGUUUUAAUAACGAUAGAGCCUGUUUACAAGCAACAUCAGCAUUUCAAAGAAGCAAACAUACUACCUACUCUGAUAGAUAAAAAUUUAAACAAGGAAGCUCACCCUACAAUUCGUGAAAGAACCCUUAGUUUUCUUGAGAUCUUGUCUGAUGCUAAAUUUAAGUUUACCGAUAAAGAAAAAAAAGAUGCUAAAAAUCUCAUUGAUGAUUUAAGGCAACAAGGAGUUAUUGAAAAGGAUGAAUAUACUUUUUUUGAUUAA